AUGGCGUUUAAACUCUGCGCUGCUAUUCUGGCGCUUGCUAUGUCUGUAGCGGCUAUUCAUAUAUCAUAUCCUGGGAAAGGCUUGGUUUUGGAUCUUUCCCUCCAUAACGAUAUCAAGUGGACUUCUACUCAAACCGACCCUCAGCGUUUCUCGAUCGAGCUGGUGAACAUGGCAGUCAAUCCUCCCGUCAUUGUCGAAAUUGCCGAUGACGUUGAAGUAUCCAAGGGGUCUCUACUGAUCUCUCCCGUGGUCAAAAUCACUCCUGGGCAGUCAUAUCAGUACCAUUUUAUCUCCAAAGACCCGAAGAAUCAUGAUAUCCUUGCCCAGUCUCCUCCCUUUACCGUCAAGAAACCCGAAGUUGUGAAGCCAAACAACACUCCAGUUGCCACUAUACCUUCAAAAGCCGCAGCUACUGCGAAAGAUGGGGAGUCACCAAAGUUGCCUGCUAAUAUCACAGCCUCUAUUACUUCUUAUCCUUCUACAAACAUGGCAACUUCUACACGUUUACCAACAACUCCUGGUGCUACAUCAUCAAAGUAUAUCAUGUCAAUUCCCACCAUCAAUCCUGUGCGAAACACCGGAGUACCACUUGGAGGGCUUACCCCAGUCGCAUGCCUCACGCUAGCUCUCUUAGGUUUUUUUUGGAAUACAGUCUAG